AUGACGCUGUACUACUCGAUUGUGUUUGCGCUUCUCCUGCUGGAGAUGGCCAUGUUCAUGGUCCUGAUUGUACGUGCGCUGUACUCACGCCAGGUGCCGCUGCCCUUCUCCGCGCGGCGCAAGCUCUUCCGCUUCCUCGCGACGAGCCAGAUUGUGGCCAAGAUCAACUACUGCGUCCGCAUCACCUUUAUUUUCGUCGCGGUCCUGUUCAUCGACGCGUUCCAGCGCAUGAUGAAGAUCAAGGCCGAGUCGGCCGUCACCGAGACGCACCAGGGCUUCCAGGACUUCCGCACCGAGACAAACUACCACGCCAAGAAGUUCUACGCGCAGCGCAACGUGUACCUCACGGGCUUCACGCUCUUCCUGAGCCUCAUCCUCGCGCGCACGCACUCGCUCGUGCUCGACCUCAUCAACGCCCAGGAGGAGCUCGCGGCCAACACCGACGCGGGCUCGACCGACAUGGCGACGAUGAAGAAGCAGAUGCAGCAGCAGCAGGACGAGUACAACCGCCUCUCGGACGAGCUCGCCAAGGCCCAGUCGGCCGUGUCGGACAAGAAGAGCGAUUAG